AUGCCGGUGGAAGCGACGCAAUCAGGAUCAGCGCUGCGAAUCGUCGGCAGUUGGGCUAUCGUAUCAAAAACAAGAGGGAGCAAAUGGAUGCGGCCGGCUGUUUAUAAACAUUGGGGCGAGCGGACGGGAUGCGAUCAAUACCGCGUCGGGAGCGCUGCAGCGGGCCCGCGACGUUUGCCCGAUGCUCACCUGCCGCGGGAAACGCGCCCGUUGCUAGAGCACGGCGUGGCGGAACGCGAGCGGCGACGGAUGCAAUGGCGCAGAGCGUACUAUGCGGACGUACUGAACGGGCGGCUGCCGACGGCCGUGUGUGCGCUUCCC